UUCCCCCUUGGCCGGAUGAGAUGCACCUGCAACAGGCUUCACUCAUCAACGGACCGUCAGAGCUGUGUGGGACAAACCGUGUCUUCUUGUGAUUUAUUUAUUUAUUUUAAAUCUCGGUCACACAUAGAGAGAAAAGACAUCCUGGGUCCGCUCCGUGCCGGCAGUGCAGCAGAGCAGAUGGACCAGGUAUCAAACCGGUCAGGACUGGCAAGUGAUGACAUUACAGAUGAGACAACAUCCACGGUGGAUGUUAGGUGGAGCUCUGAUGAAGACGAGAGCUCCGAUCCUCAAGGACAGUGUCUUGCAGCACCUCAAACUCCUCUGCCAACCUACAAACAGAAGUUUGACGAGUUUAAGAGGUUGUUCAAAGAACUGCCGGAGUCGGAGAGGCUCAUAGUGGACUACCCGUGUGCCCUCCAGCGGGACAUCUUCCUUCAGGGACGCCUCUACCUCUCAGAUAACUGGCUGUGUUUCUACAGCAAUGUGUUUCGGGGUACGAAGAUCUCACUGGCUCUGAAAGAUGUCACGGCUAUGACCAGAGAGAAAACGGCUCGGCUGAUUCCCAAUGCCAUCCAGAUCUGCAUGAGCACAGAGAAGUUCUUCUUCACUUCCUUCUCUGCAAGAGAGAAAAGUUACCAAAGUGUUUUCCGCAUGUGGCAAAACGUACUGUUGGACAAGCCUCUGACCAGUUUGGAGUUUUGGCCGAUGGUGAAACAGCAUUAUGGGCAUGACCUGGGCCUGAGUCAUGAAGAGAUGGAAAGCUUACAGAUAUCAGCAGAAUCAAGCAUGCAGACCAGCCUGACUGCGAGGACUGGUGGUGAUGAUGGUCCAGGGAGGCUGGAGCGGACCCCCUCCCUUCGCCAGCCUGUAAUGGAGCAUGGGCCUUUAGAGGCCUCCACGCCUCAAGGGGAAGACCUUCCUUCCCCUCUUGGCUCACAGAACGCAGCCAAUGCGGAUGACUCUCGCAACACCCCGUCCCAGCAGCGCAGUCCUGCCCCCUCACUGGACCGCCUCGGGCCAGAGCGGGUUUCCAAGCGCUCCUCGCUUUCUCUUGACCUCAACGCCAACGAGAACGGCGUCUCUGAGCAGACUGGUUCAGAGAGCAACGAAGAAGUGGAGGAACGAGUGGGUCCGAUGCAGGUGCAGGGUCGACUGUAUUUAAACAAGGUCUUCCACAUCAGCGCCAGCAAAAUGUUCGAGCUGCUCUUCACUGACUCCACCUUCAUACGCAGGUUCAUGAACGUCAGGAAGAUAACAGAUGCCACCUUUACUGCUUGGCAAAAAGAUGCCACAGGAAACACAAAGCGGAGUCUGAACUACAUAAUAACCAUAAGCAACCCUCUGAUCGGCAAGUUCUCCAACGCCACAGAGAACCAGACGCUGUACAAAGAAUCCAGGGAAGGUCAGUAUUACCUCGUGGACUCUGAGGUGUACACUCAUGACGUUCCCUAUCACGAUUACUUCUACACUCAAAACCGAUACUGCAUCAUAAGUAGCUCAAAGCGGAAGUGUCGACUGAGAGUCUACACUGAUGUGAAGUACAAGAAGCAGCCAUGGGGCCUGGUUAAGUCCUUUAUCACUAAAAACUCCUGGAGCGGCAUAGAAGAUUAUUUCAGACAGCUGGAAGCAGAACUGCUGGAGGAGGAAGCAGAGAUGAAUCAAGGAGGCGGCGAUUCUGGGAAGAUGGGUGGGCUUCGGAGGAGGAGGCGGACGUACAGCCGGACUCUGCCAGAGCACAUGAAGCCCAACAAGCAGUAUGGGCAAGACCCAGAACAGCACAGAGAUGGCAACAUGGGCCCCAUAGAAGUGAAAGGCCCAUACAGAUGGAACGCCACCACGAUAGUAGCUGGGAUGAGUCUGAUUUUGCUGAUUCUGACAGUGCUGAAUCUGGGCCUGUUUUUCAAGUUGUGGGCCAUGGAAGACGUAGCCCACCGCAUGUACCUGAGCACAAAGCAUCGGCUGAGGGAGAGGAGCGAGGCCAGCUCUGUCCCUGAAUAUGGUCCCAGACAGGGACCAGGGUACAGGACCAGAGAAGACAUGAACCUACUAAAAACUGUACUCCAGGACUCCAUCAACCUUUUAGAACAGCUCCGCAGCUCGCUCGUGUUACUGCAGCAAAACUUUGCCAUGGCCAAUCGAACAGCAGCGCCGCAGUGAUGCUCCACACCUGGUGACUGCAGAACACCUAUCCCCAGCCCUGCAGAGGAAAGAAAGGACUGCAGCACUGAACUGCCUCUGAGGAAAUAUCUGGUAUCCAGUGAUGUUGCCAUGUAGACGUCCCCAGACCCCCUGACAUGCCAUGUGUUGCUAGGGGUUACACAAUCCCAAAGCCUGUGGUGGGGCAUCAGGUGCCAGGAUGUUUUUAAAGCUGCAGAUUGACUGCUGGGAGGACAAAGUUACAUCAGAGUCGGCCGCAGAUGGAGCAGUGGGUUUUAGAUUUCUGUUGGGUGCUAUUGUCAGUUCCCAUGGCUGCUUCUUUUUCACUUUUUUCCUGAACAGCGGCAUUGGAUUUCAGGAAACCCUUUCCUGAUGUGCCUUACUAUACUCCGAUGAACCUCGUGCCAGAUAACCUCCUGUAAAUACUUUUGCUUCUGUUUUAUCCUCCAGAGAUGAAUCAAUAUUAUUAUUUAACAACAAAUUUUCUCUAUUUAAAUUUUGCAUGUAUUUUAAUUUUUGCACAAGUGCCUCGUAGAUGAGGCUGUAUUUUAGAUAUCUUUUAAAAUUUUUAUUUUUUCCCAAUAAAAACUGUAGAAUCAGUUGCUCAGAUUUGAAAGUUGGUCUUCUAGUUUGUAAUCACAAUCUUUUCUUCUAUGUGUAAACUGAAGAAAUUGCUUCAAUGUUAAAUGUAUAUUAAAUUGCAAAAACAAAAAUAACUAUUGAAUUUUAUAAUACUGUUCAUGAUCCAAAUCUGGUGUUCAGAAAAUACUACUGACAGUGUGUCACAUAUUUAAUACGUUGUGUUCUGUGCAUGUAGGGUCGGUGGGGCUAUCUCAGGUCAUCUCAGUACUGUACUGCACAUUCGCUCUGUCAACACCACUGACUGUUCUGUGAUUUCCAAACUGACAUGAACACUAGUCAUUUUAUUCCCUUCUUAAUCACAUGUUGGUGACACACAGCUACAAUUGCCUUGAGCCUUGUUUGAUGUUUACAGUGUUGCCAUCACUUGUGUCUGUGUAGAUAAUUUUGUUCAGCGUUUCUUACUUAAAAACACUUCUUUAAGCCAUCACUUGUUUAAAUUUAGUUGCUGUUUUGUACAUUUUAGUCGUAUUUCAAUGCUUUGUUGAAAUAAACAAGAUUUCUUGUCAGAA